AUGACGACGAAGGUAAACCACUCAGUUACAACGCCAGCCAUUGUCGAAAAUUCACUGUCAAAUACGUAUUUUUCAGUGACUGUCUCAAAGAAACCCUCAGCUUCGAGCGAGGAAGAGGCUGCCCUGUGUUCCGGGCAGAAGUCCUUCAUCAGCAUACACUCAACCGACCAACUUUGUCAAGUGCAAGACGUAGCGAACCCCGCCGCUCUCGAGGAGUGCAACGUGGAAGUCCUCAGCCUGAACGAGGUCUUCCCGUCCACUUCCGAGGAGAGCCUCUCAAACGAGGAUGAGUCCCCUUUGCAAAAGAAACAAAAAAAUCUCAAUAAAAACAAAAUAAUGCCGAAAACUCCAGUAGAAAGCGCGGGCAAAUCCGCGUAUGUCCCCACAAAUAGCAAAUCGUCGACCAAUUCUGGGCGACUGAAGGAGCCCGUCGAUCAACCGUCGGUGUACUCCGACUUCGACAUACCGAAGAGUACUCUCUACGUAAUAGGCAGUAACCCUGGAGAACCGAAGAUGUCUUACCAAGAUCCACCGAAGAAAAUAUCCAAAACGAUGAAGAAGUUCCUGCGCAAUAUCGACAAGCACAAGAACGAGCAGAACGGCAAGAGCGGUGAGAAGGCGUUGAGUAAGCUGACCACGAUGCGAGGCAUCCUGAAGGACGGCCGCUGCGGGCCCGAGUGCACCGGCGACUCCUCCGUGCAGGGAAACGAAGAGUUCAACCCACAAGACCUGACGCUGCCGUUUCCGAUGGACUUUGGUCCGCAGACGAACUACUCCAAACAAAACCCAGACAAGAACGUGACGUUCAACACACAGGUCGUCAUUAUCCACUUCAACGGCGACCUCUGCGUCGGACAGAGCGUAGAGACACUCAGCAAGGAAAAGGACCAGCAGGCCAGGAACUCCGAACUACGGAAAACCUUCCUCACCAAAUACAACGAGUUUUGGCCCACUCAAAAGUAAUAUUAAGUCUAGAUAUAAUCUCGACCUUAGUGAUAAACGUGCUAUUCUCACGACUUCGACUUCUCCUCGGCGAAAACAAUUUCCACGUCUUUUUUUAUUUAAUUUAUUAUAGCUAUUUUUGUACGAUGUUAAAUUAUGAGAGUCACGUU